CAUUCAAAUAGUGAGCCGGCCGCUGGAUCGAGUUUACUCUUCUGAGGAGCUCCAGGAUCAAAUACCGUGAGAGGAGUGGCACGAUCUGAGCUCAGGAUCUGAUUGAUUACCUCCUGCAGAUCCGCUGAACUUUCAGUGCUGUGUGUGUUGAGGAGGAGACGCUCUGCUGACUCAGUCUCUCAGUUCUCUGGGCUUUAUUGACACCUGCACCAUGAGGAAGGGCUCCUGCUGCAUGUUCACGUCUGGAGUCGUCGGCGCUGUUCUCCUGAUUAUGGGAAUCGGCUUGUUUGUGUCCGGACUCUUCCAGACCUUGAUCCACAACAAGCUGAAGCGGGAGGUCACGCUGACGGAAGGCAGUAAAGUUUUCGCCUCGUGGAAGAGUCCACCUCCUCCAGUCUACAUUCAGUUCUUCUUCUUCAACGUCACCAACCCUGAAGAGUUCGUGAAAGGAGAAGCCAAACCUCGUCUUACUGAAAUGGGGCCGUACACCUUCAGACAGUACAGGCCCAAACGCAACGUGACGUUUGUGGACAACGGGACGAAGGUCUCAGCUUAUACAGUCAAGAGUUUUGUCUUUUUGCCUGAGAAAUCAGUUGGAGACCCGAAAGUGGAUAUGGUGACGACAGUGAACAUCCCGGCCGUGGCUGUGAUAAAUCGGCUCAAAGGUGUGAGUUUCUGGGUUGCCUCUGGUAUCUCUAUGUACAUGGGCUCCAUCGGCACGACUCUGUUCAUGACACACACCGUGGAUGAGAUGCUCUGGGGCUUCAAGGACCCGCUGCUCACUCGACUGAAAACCAUGAGGCCAGACACAGACGAGUACUUCGGUCUCAUGCUGAACAAAAACGGCAGUAAUGACGGUGAGUUUGUGUAUCACACCGGAGAGCAGAACUACCUGGACUUCGGCCGCAUUUACACCUGGAAGGGAGAAAAGAUGCUGUCCUUCUGGAAAACCAACCAGAGUAACAUGAUCAACGGCAGCGACGGCAGCGCCUUCCACCCGUUCCUGAGCAAAGAAGAGCGGCUCAACGUCUUCACCUCUGACCUCUGCAGGUCCAUCCACAUGCGCUUCGAGAAGGAGGUGGAGGUGAAGGGCAUCCCAGCGUACCGCUUCACACCGCCCCGAGCCGUGCUGGCCAGCGGCAAAAACAACCCGGAGAACGAGGGAUUCUGCCUGACGCCAAAGAACUGCCUAGACGACGGCGUGCUGGAUGUGUCUGUGUGUCGGAAAGGUGCUCCUGUCGUCGUGUCGUUCCCUCACUUUCAUCUGGGUGCUGAGAAGUACGCCAAAGCCAUCGACGGCAUUUCUCCGGUGCAUGAGCUUCACCAGACGUUUCUGGAUCUGAACCCUACUAUGGGAGUGCCUGUUCGUGCCAUGAAACGAGCCCAGAUCAACAUUCAUCUCGAGAGAGUGAGCGGCUUUCCUUUGACCAGGAAUCUCAAUGGCACCAUCUUCCCCAUUGUGUUCCUGAAUGAGUCGGUGCUGAUUGACGAUGCUUCGGCCGCGAGAAUUCAGAAGCUGCUGCUAAUCGUGACUCUGGUCUCCCAUUUCCCGCUCGUCCUUGUAGCACUGGGAGUCAUUCUGCUGCUCGUCUGUGUCAUCCUCGUCAUCCACUUCUAUCAGAACAAGCCGUCUGCGAAGAAAGACACGUCAUACGCUCCUGUGAGUGCCAAAGCAGAUGAUCAAGAUGAGAAAAACGGCACUUAUAUCGGCAUGACACCCGUGGACAAGUCUUAAACAGCUGUGUGUGUGUGUGUGUGUGUGUGUGUGUCUCACAGAUGCUGUCACUCUCAGUAGAGCGGUGUGUGUGUCAGUCGUCAUGAUUCACACACUGACUCCUCCUCAGGACUGAUGCCGUGAGCAAAGGAGCAUUUGAAUGAACGACUGAAUAACACACACACUUCAGGCUCAAUCAGCAUCUGUUUCCUUUCAUAUUUAAACACUUUGAGUGACAUUAAAGCUGCUGUCAGUGAUUUUUUUAGGAGCAUCACACAUCAAAUGCUGAGAGAUCACAUCACACUCAAUUCUGACCCAAGUGACACCCGCAUCCCUCGCUGUCCGUCUGAUUAAAUCAAGAUUUAUGUGUUUGAAUUCAAUGUAAAAUUUGGCUUACAGUGUUUUAACAUAAAUUAAUAAACUUAAUGUGAUGCAUAAUUUGUUGGUCAUACAUAAUGAGGUCCGAUUUCUAAAAGCAAAAAAACAACAACAUAAUAGUAAUAAUCAACUAUUUGCAUUUAUUUUAUUUUAUUUAAAUAAUCAAAUAAAUGCAUUUAUACAAAUGGCUUAGAAUCAGCAUAAGUUUAUUGUGAAAACAAUUACAUAUAUUCCAAAAGUAUAACCAUAGUUUAAAUAUGACUAUAGCUGUGGAACAAGCAAUAUUCAGUUAGUUCAAAUGCAUGAGAUUUAAACAAGUUGGAUUUAUUGAUGUUAAAGCUGGUUAUGUGUGUAUUUAGAACACAUUCUGUUUAUUAGUGCUAUUACAGAAAUCUGACCGGUUUCAUUUAUACAUGACAGACAACUAUGCAUCACAUUAAGUUUUGAAGUUUGGUAAAACUGGGUAAUUCAAAUGUUAAAUGCAAUUUAUAUACUUAAAAAUUAAAUUUAGGCCUUUUUUUUUUUUUUUUUUGAGUGAAGGGGAGCGGCCUGUUUUUAGCCAAUCAGAAACCUUGUCAGUCAUUUUGCAUGUUUAGAUUUGCAGACCUCGGUUUGGUGGGCGGGGUUUGAUACAGAGGGUGUGUCUGUCUUAGUGGGUGGAGUUUGGCAUAAAAGGUGUGUGUGACUUUAAGUGGGUGGAGUUUAAUAGGGGGCGUGUGCGAUUUAAGCUGAAAAAAAUCCUGAAAUCACUUGCAGCACCUUUAAAAAUCAGACACUAUGUUCAGAGUUUAUAACCUCUUAAAAGGCCAAACAAAACAACUUUAUAUUUGUGUUACCAAAUGGUCCGUUCACACAGGACGUGUUCCAGCAUUUAAACACCUGGACUGAGAUCAGUGCAACAGAACAGAAGCAGUAAUACACAAACAAUAACGCAACCGUCCUGUGUGAACGACCCACAUGUGACUGAACCUGCUGUGCCUUUAGUUACAAACCAUUGCGUUGUUUUAUUUCAGUCCAGAGCUGACAUCACAUCACUGUGCCUUCAUUUCAUAAGUGUAAAAUGCUAAAGUUAACAUUUAAUAAUUCAGUAUUUGUUGAUCUGAUGUUGUAGAAUAUGCACUCUACCAGUCAAAAGUUUUUGAACAGUAAGAUUUUUAAUGUUUUUAAAAAAAGUCUCUUCUGCUCACCAAGCCUACAUUUAUUUGAUCCAAAGUACAGCAAAAACAGUAAAAGUUUGAAAUAUGAUUAUUUUUUUUUUUAGAAUUUAUUUAAAAUAACUGUUUUCUAUUUGAAUAUAUUUUAUAAUGUAAUAUAUUCCUGUGAUUUCAAAGCUGAAUUUUUAGCAUCAUUACUCCAGUCACAUGAUCCUUCAGAAAUCAUUCUGACAUUCUGAUUUUCUGCUCAAAAACAUUUAUUAUUAUUAUUACUUUGAAAACAGCUGAGAAUAUUUUUUUCAGGUUUCUUUGAUGAAUAGCAAGUUCAGAAGAACAGCAUUUAUCUGAAAUAGAAGUCUUUUGUAACAUUAUAAAUGUCUUUAUCAUCACUUUUGAUCAAUUUAAAGCAUCCUUGCUAAAUAAAAGUAAUAAUUUCUAUGAUACUGACUAAAAUGAUACUGACUCCAAGCUUUUGAAUGGUAUGGUGUAUAAUGUUACAAAAGCGUUUUAUUUCAGAUAAAUGCUGAUCUUUGGAUCUUUCUAUUCACUCGACUCUUUUAAAUAUUAAUAAUAAUAAUAAUAAGCGGUAAAUCAGCAUGUUAGAAUGAUUUCUGAAGGAUCAUGUGACACUGAAGACUGGAGUAAUGAUGCUGAAAAUACAGCUUUGAUCACAGAAUAAAUUACAUUUGAACAUAUAUUCAAAUGGAAAGCAGUUAUUUUAAAUAGUAAAAAUAUUUCACAACAUUACUGCUUUUGCUGUACUUUGGAUGAAAUAAAUGCAGGCUUGGUGAGCAGAAGAGACUUCUUAAAAAUCUUAGCGCUCAGAAACGUUUGACUGUAAUCUCACGUCUGCAGUCGGUAGAUGUGAUCUUUGAUCCUCAAACACUGCUCGCAGACGCAUGUCUGAAUGAUUUUAGAUGAGAGUUGUUCUGAAUGAAGAUCAUCUUGUUAGUAUUAUUAGAUUGUGGGAUUGCAAAGAGAUUGCAGUUCUCUUAGUGUUACUGAACUAAUAUUUCAGGAUGUUUUCUGGAAUAUGAACAGAAGUAUUUUCAGAGGUUCAAUCUGUAUAUUUUCGUGGUUUUAGCGGACAGGAUCACAUGUUACCGUUUAAUGUGUUUGUACUGCCUUUCCUUAAACUAGAUGCUUCGGUGCAAAAUCAUAACAAAAUAACCUCUUAUCAUAACUCAAGGUAUGUAUUAUCAUAUUGCACUAAAAUUCUAACUUUAAUUCUGAAGCUGCACGUUUAACGCACUGUGUUUUUCGAGAUGGUCACUGGUUUCAAUCUCUGAGCCAUUUUAUUUGAGUUUUACGAUUUCUUUACUGUUGUUAUAUUGAUGUGCCAGACAUGAUUGAGAUCAAUCAAAAAAAACAAAUAUUGCACUAAAUGAGUUUGAUUCGCUUGGAUGUCAAUGGGGGAAAAAAUAUGUUUAGUUCAAUUGACAGUGUUUGAGACUGAAUGUAACGUGGUUUAAAAGCCUUUGGUGUCUUUCAGCAUUUCAGGUGUUAAAUGAUGCAGAAUCUUGCCUUCAUCAGUGUAUAAACUAGAAAACUCAGUGGCCUUCCAUCUUUCAACACAGACUGUUUAAUGUCUUCUGCAUCUGUCCGGCUCUUAGAUUUCUAUAUUCAGACUGCACAAAUAAUUGUACAGUUUUGUAUAUAAAUGAAGCCUUUUUCCUGUGGAUUUAUAAGAAAAUACAAUAAAAAGUCUUUUUGAAAGGCA